GCCAGACCUUUUCAACCCUCGCGGUGCUUACGAUGGUCGUCGAAACUUGUUUUUGUAUGAUCCCAAAAUUGGGACUGGGCGAACAUUCGAAUUCGCUAUGACCAGUGAAACCAAUCGGAUGUACAAAGUGACCCUAAAGAGAGCAGGACUCAUCGAUACUUCCGUUCUCAAAGAUCUAAUUCUGGGGGUUGUUGGACCCCAGUCUGAAAUUGCGGUGACUGCGAUCAACACACUUGUCCGAAUGAUCCCAAGCCAAAAGGAUGUUUUAGCAACUCGAAGAUCUUUUUUCAGAAUCAACGAAAAGAAUCGACCCCUUGGAGGGGGAUUGGAACUCUUGCAAGGAUGGUACCAGUACGCCGAACUCCAAUUCAGAUUAUGCAGAAAAUCCUUGACUAUCAUGCUGUGAUGAACAGGAGUGUUCGCCCGGCAAUCGGGAAGAUGGUCAUCAAUAUCGACACCGCCAACGCUGUUGCGAUUAAAUCAGGCUCUUUGGUCGACGUUUGUGUCGAUGCUUUAAUCGACGGCCGCGGACCGAACCUCAACAUCCGAUCAAUCCUCGAACCGAGGCAGAUUUCUGACGUCAAACUAAAGAAGUUAAACAGGUUACUCAAGGGCAAACGUCUAGUUAUGAACCGAAACCAUCCCAAGCACGGCCAGCUCACUGCGGGCGGGAUGAGGAAGGAAAGCGUUAUCGAGAGAAUCGAGCCAACUAGCGCAGAUAAUUAUUUCUUCCGGAACGAGCUUGGAGAAGAACUCUCCGUUAGGCAAUAUUUCCAAGCGUUAGGAAAAGCACUUCAUUAUCCAAGCAUCGUUUGUGCGAGAUUAAAAUCUCAGCACGGAGAUGUCAUUGUGCCUCUCGAGUUGUUUGAUAUUCUACCUGGCCAGAUAUACAGGUCGAAGUUGUCUGCCGAGGCAGCCGCCAAUAUGAUUAAGCUCACUAAGCUAUUACCAUCCCACCGGGAGCAGUCUAUCCUCGAAGGACACAAGUUCAUGGGAUACGAUCAGGAUUACGUAGCGAGGACUGGGAUGACAGUGGAAUCCCAAUUGCAGGAAAUUCGGGGGAGACUGCUUGAACCACCAAUAAUUUGUUUGGGAGGGGAUAAUGUGGUGCCUUCAGGAGGCUCGUGGAACAUGUUGAACAAGCGGCUCUACCGACCUAGCAGAAUUAAAGCAUGGGGAAUCGUCGAUUUCGAAAACAUCCCGUGGGAUGCGAAUCGUUUCCAUCAUCUCCAGAGAUCAUUUCUAGGGCCUCUUCGUGAUGUGCUUCAGAGCGUGGGUUUAGGGAUAGAUACCUUUCCCACCUACACGGACCAGAUAAGCAUCCAGGGAAACAUCGCCGAACAUCUGGAUGCAUUCCAUGCCCAUGUGGUGAAUGAGGCCGCAAAACAAUACCAAAACACUAUCGAGAGAGAGGAAACGCUCGUGAUUGCCCUGCUGAGGAUGCCUUGUAACGAAGUACGAGAUCAGUUUAAGCGAUGGGGCGACAUAACCCGCGGUGUUCCAACUCAGAUCGUUGUUAUCAGCAAGGUUCUCAGAUUGGGUCCCGGAAAUGUUCAGGGUCUCAACCAGUACUGCAAUAAUCUUGCCUUGAAGAUUAAUGCAAAAAUGGGUGGAAUAAACUGCCACGUCAAUAAUGAAUGGUUUCAUCAGUAUCCGACGAUGAUUAUCGGUGCGGAUGUCUCACACGCCGCGCCUGGAUCCAGGUGGCCGUCUGUUUGUUCGAUGGUUUUCAGCCACAAUUUUAAAUCUUGUUCCGACUACUUCGCUCUCAACGAGCUUCAAGAACCUCGUCGGGAAAUAAUUGAAGGUUUUGGCCGUCACUUUCAGUACGCCCUUCAGCGUUUCCACCAGUCCACAAGGUCAACUAUUGAUAAACCGCAUCCGGAAAUUAAUUACCUCCCUCGGCGAGUGAUUAUCUACAGAGACGGAGUUUCUGAAGGAGAAUACCAGGCAGUGUUAAAUCACGAGUUAGGGGCUGUGAAAACGGUAUUGGCUGAGCUUGGCUCGAACACCAAAGUCACCUUUAUUGUCGUCAGCAAGAGGCAUCAUGUGCGCUUCUUCCCCGCGAGGAGCGACUACGGUGAUAAAACCGGAAAUUGCAAAGCGGGCCUUGUUGUGGAUAAUGGGAUCGUUCAUCCGGUUUACGAGGAUUUCUAUAUCCAAAGCCACAAAGGCUUGGCUGGCACCUCUCGGUCCAGCCGCUAUGUUGUCCUUCACGAUGACAACGAUAUGACGAAAGACGAGUUGCAACGGCUCUCAUUCGAUCUGUGUCACGUCUACGCACGAUCUACGUUGUCCGUCUCCAUUCCGGCACCCGUUUAUUAUGCCGAUAUUGUUUGCUCUCGAUCAAGGUAUCACUUUGAUCCAAACUUCCUUGACACUCAAAGCGUGGUCUCUGACGAUGCGCCAAUAAACCUUGAGGAAUGGAAGCAACAUUUCAGCCGUGUCGCCAAACCGCUCCUUAAGCGGAUGUAUUUCAUGUAAUGCUUCCAAUUAUCUUUGUUCAUCGAUAACGUGGUGUAUAUUGUAAACGUGUGCUUGUCAAUACGUACAAUUUACCUUGACGGCGCCACUUGUA